AUGUGCCGCAUUCUCCUCGGGGUUUUGGCCCUCUGGGGGUUGGCGGGUGUUUUAUCCCUUUCACUGCAGUGCGGGUUCGCUCAACCAUGGAAAUCAGGUGAAAAUUGCUGGCUCAACCAAUACGCCCUACAUGUUGGCCUUAAUAUAGGAAGCAUGAUUACAGAUUUCGCGCUGGUCCUUCUUCCAUUUUUAUUUGUAUCCCAGGUGCAAAUACCAUGCAUCAAAAAACUUGCUAUUGCUGCUCUUUUUGGCAUGAGACUGAUUGUCCCAUCUUUUACUAUUGUGAUGACCAUUACAUCACGCUCCUACUUCGCUUCCUCUGCAUCUGAGAGAUCAUGGCUAGCCGUUAUGCCAACUAUCUGGAUGCAGGCCAUCCUCUGCGUUUCAAUCGUGGCCACUUGCAUUCCAAACCUAAAACGACUUCUGGCUGUCCUCCGAACUGGGCUAAUGGCCGGAACAGUCAAUGAGUUCUAUGAGCUUUCAGUUUCUGGGGGUGAUAGCAAGACUGUUGCUUCUGCAUCUCAGCUACGUUCUGGCAAAACGUCCUAUUCGAAAGAGAACUACGGUACCGGUACACCCCGGCCCUCAACCUCCGGUGGUAGCGUUUCUGGGACACCCACCAUGUCUUCUUUUACAGGGAAAACUCACGCAAUGCGCCAUCUACAUCCGGAUACAGCUUAUACUAUGGGGAAAAAGGAACCAUAUGACAACGCAUGUGUUGUCGAAUCCAAAAUGCCUAGUUGCAGAAGGCCGAUACUCAAAUUACAGGGUCUCCUUUGGGAGCGGAGUUUACGGCCAGGAACCACUCGGACAAAGGCCACUGACCGCGGUUCGAGUCUCGACGUCUUGACACCACGAUGA